AUGUUGGGCACCACUACAGUGCUUCUGGCUCUGCUUUUAGGUUUACUUCUUCUCCAUUUGAUAAAAUUACGGAUUACCGCUGCACGGUUGCCACCUGGACCAACCCCAGUGCCCUUCUUUGGAAAUCUAUGGACUCUGAAGUUUCAACUCCAUCAUAAAACUAUCAUGCAGGUAUGAAGGUGAUAAGCAGGUGUUGCUUUUUAAUUGAAGAAAUUGAAAAUGAAUAAAUAAAUCGGGAGAAUAUUUGCUGUCAAUUGUGUUACCCUAAUCCCAGCAUGACAUUAUUGAUGUAACAGUUUCAACUUAGCAUCUGCACUUAUAAAAUUGUUUUAAAUUAAUGAAAAUAAAAGAUGGUUCAAACAUUGGCUGCAUAUUUGAUUAUCCCUUUCGUGGUCUAGUGACAAAGCCCUGGAGGUAAGGGUGUGGGGGAGAUAUGCAGCUGCCGUUUACAUUUUGAGUCUGCAGCAAAAACAGCACAAAUCCAAUCAAAUUUGCUUAGAAAGGUCCCAAGGGGAAUUGAGGCUGCCCUUACCACACUGUUGCUAACAUUGUUGGCAGGGCCUCCAUUUUAUAUUCCACAGUAAUACCAAUGCACCCACUUGAAUGGAGGUUAGGGUCCAUGUGAAAAGGAGAUUGAGGUACAAGUAUGCUGGAGAUAGACUUGGAUAAACCCACUAGUUCAAAAGGGGGCAAGAGAGGCCUUGAUUGUUCUUAUGGAUGUGUGGUGAGUCAAGAGAGAGCUUUGCUGUCUCACCAUCCAGUGUGAUGGAUUAGGUGGCAAGGACAGGGUACAGCUAAAAAUAAACACCUGGAAUAUGCCAGGAUUAAGGCAAUCUAGGGGGUAAUCCCUGCUUGAUAAAAGAGGAACUGCAAUUGAUGACCAAAAGUAGAUAUUUUUGCUAAAACAUCACACAAAGCAGAGGAACUCCUACAACCAAUAUACACUGCUCAAAAAACUAAAGGGAACAAAUAAAUAACACAUCCUAGAUCUGAAUGAAUUAAAUAUUCUUCUGAAAUUCUUUGUUCUUUACAUAGUUGAAUGUGCUGACAACAAAAUCACACAAAAAUAAAAAAAUGGAAAUCAAAUUUUUCAACCCAUGGAGGUCUGGAUUUGGAGUCACACUCAAAAUUAACCCCUUAAGGACACGUGACAUGUCAUGAUUCCCUUUUAUUCCAGAAGCUUGGUCCUUAAGGGGUUAAAGUGGAAAAACCCACUACAGGCUGAUCCAACUUUGAUGUAAUGUCCUUAAAACAAUUCAAAAUGAGGCUCAGUAGUGUGUGUGGUCUCCACGUGCCUGUAUGACCUCCCUGCAACGCCUGUGCAUGCUCCUGAUGAGGUGGCGGAUGGUCUCCUGAGGGAUCUCAUCCCAGACCUGGACUAAAGCAUCUGCCAACUCCUGGACAGUUUGUGGUGCAACGUGAUGUUGGUAGAUGGAGCGAGACAUGAUGUCCCAAAUGUGCUCAAUUGGAUUCAGGUCUGGGGAACGGGCUGGCCAGUCAUAGCAUCAAUGCCUUCGUCUUGCAGGAACUGCUGACACGCUCCAGCCACAUGAGGUCUAGCAUUGUCUUGCAUUAGGAGGAACCUAGGGCCAACAGUACCAGCAUAUGGUCUCACAAGGGGUCUGAGGAUCUCAUCUUGGUACCUAAUGGCAGUCAGGCUACCUCUGGCGAGCACAUGGAGGGCUGUGCGGCCCCCCAAAGAAAUGCCACCCCACACCAUUACUGACCCACUGCCAAACCGGUCAUGCUGGAGGAUGUUGCAGGCAGCAGAACAUUCUCCACCGCGUCUCCAGACUCUGUUACGUCUGUCACAUGUGCUCAGUGUGAACCUGCUUUCAUCUGUGAAGAGCACAGGGUGCCCGUGGCGAAUUUGCCAAUCUUGGUGUUCUCUGGCAAAUGCCAAACGUCCUGCACGGUGUUGGGCUGUAAGCACAACCCCCACCUGUGGACGUUGGGCCCUCAUCCCACCCUCAUGGAGUCUGUUUCUGACCGUUUGAACAGACACAUGCACAUUUGUGGCCUGCUGGAGGUCAUUUUGCAGGGCUCUGGCAGUGCUCUUCCUGUUCCUCCUUGCACAAAGGUGGAGGUAGCGGUCCUGCUGCUGGGUCCUGCUGCUUGCCCUCCUACAACCUCCUCCACGUCUUCUGAUGUACUGGCCUGUCUCCUGGUAGUGCCUCCAUGCUCUGGACACUACGCUGACAGACACAGCAAACCUUCUUGCCACAGCUUGCAUUGAUGUGCCAUCCUGGAUGAGCUGCACUACCUGAGCCACUUGUGUGGGUUGUAGACUCCGUCUCAUGCUACCACUAGAGUAAAAGCACCGCCAGCCUUCAAAAGUGACCAAAACAUCAGCCAGGAAGCAUAGGAACUGAGAAGUGGUCUGUGGUCACCACCUGCAGAACUACUCCUUUAUUGGGGGCAGGGGCGUACCUAGAGCAUUUGGCACCCGGGGCGGGCAGGGGUGUACCUAGAGCAUUUUGCACCCGGGGCGGGUCCUGUUUUUGGCACGCCCGCCUCCACCCCCAACUUUAAAUUGUAAAAAACAACCACAAUUUAAAAAAAAAAAUGUAUUUAGCACUAAGCAGUGUUUAUGCUUUUAAAUGUAAGCAUGUUUUUGUAUGGAGUAUGUUAGAGUGAAUGUAGUAUGUGUGUCUGUAUGUGAUGUUGGCGUUUGAAUGCAGGCAUGCAUUUUUAUGUAGUGUGGUUUUUGAAGGCAGUGGUGUGGUUAUAUACAGGGCCGCCAUCAGGGGGUGACAACCAUAACGGUUGUCACGGGCCUGGCGGUCCUGGGUGGCCCGGACUGCUUUGGCAGUCCAGGGCCCCACAAUUACUCUCUGCACCUAUAUAUAGCUGUACUUUACAGCAUUUCCCUCACUCUAGUAACUGGGUGGCAACCAUUUCAUGUAUCAGAGGCACAUGGUGAGAACAAUGGAUGAAGCACAUGGUGAGAACAAUGGAUGGCGGCCAUUUUAACUCACAGACACUGUUUGGACUUUUCUACACGGUGCCAUCUCACCAGUAUUUGGUGCGCGAAGACAUCGUUCAGUAGUUUUAAACUAUACAACAGGGGACACAUUAUACAGUAAUUAUUUUGCAUAUAGCUUGUAUCUGCAUUAAACUGCAUCUUCCAAACUACUGAAUGGAUCUGGGUGAAUUUUGGAUAUGUGGUUCACCCAGAUCCCCCGGUUCCGAAGAUAUACUUUUUUUUAUGGGGUUAUUGCAUGUUUUGGGGUCCCUGUGAUGUGUUUUAUGAUACUGUAUUUCUCUGCCUGUGAUAAUUAGAUUAACCAUUGUGUUCAGUAAUCAUAUCACACGCAGAGGGGAGGAUUUUGUGUGGGAGUGUCUGUGUGUAUUGUACAGAUUGAUUGGUUGUUCUGUAAAACCCUGUGGGCAGUACUAAGUUUGUGGAUUGGGAAUAAAAGAGGCUGUAUGUGCCAGUACAGUCAGUUCUGCUUGACCUCAAAACGAAGUGUCGUCUCGUUAUUGGGGGAAUUGGAUUGUAUGCUGAUUGCCAGGAGUGUAAGCUGAUUGUAUGCUUUUCCUGUUCAGCUGUUUACAGCACUCUUAUGCUUGAGAGCAUUUGUAUGCUUCUCCGGUUCGGUGGUUGUAGUGUCUGCUGCAGUGCUUGGAGUCCUCAGGAAGCGCUAGGAGCAUCCUUCAACGGAGGUACCCAGUCGGGGUGCCAGGCGAUCCGUUACAACUACACUGACACACACUGCAUUCAUUACAGUAAAGUACAGCUGCAGUUCGCUGGGCCCCCUCUGCAAAUACAGGGAGCCGGGGGCCUGCGGCUGCACCUAUAUAUAGCGAUCAUCCCUCAACCGUUAUGGUUGUCACCCCGUGAUGGCGGCCCUGUGUGUGCAUGCGCGUGCGCGCACACACUCUCUCUCUCUCACUGGUGGAGGAGUGGAGUCAGUGAGUCCCUGGUGUGUUGGAGUUGGGGAAGCAGGGACUCCUUCCUGCUUCUCCUCAGUGUUCUGCAGUGAAAGGCAGCAAAUUGCUGUAGCUCCCCCCCUGCAUCCGGUUUGGCACCACCUCCACGGCCGAGUUGGCUCCGCCCCCAAUUCUGUACUGCUGACUUCCCAGCCCCUGCGUGUGUAAGCUGUGUGGCUCCCGGCACCCUGUGCAGCCACACAGCUCACAUAGUCACAAGACUGGCCAGCCCUGGAGGCACCCCCUAUCUGGUGGCACCCCCCUAACUGGUGGCACCCGGGGCGGACCGCCCCCCCUGGCCCCCUUUAGUACGCCACUGGUUGGGGGUGCCUUGCUAAUUGCCUAUAAUUUCCACCUGUUGUCUAUCCCAUUUGCACAACAGCAUGUGAAAUUGAUUGUCGCUCAGUGUUGCUUCCUAAGUGGACAGUUUGAUUUCACAGAAGUGUGAUUGACUUGGAGUUACAUUGUGUUGUUUAAGUGUUCCCUUUAUUUUUUUAAGCAGUGUAUAUUUAGCAUUAUAGUCAAUUCAUAUAGCUUAAUAUGCACAAAUUUACUCCAUUUUAAUGCUUUAUAUAGAUAAUGUAUUAAAAUUAAUAUAAAUAUAUAAUUUUUCAAUUUCCUAAAAAUGCAGCACUUACACAGUCAUGUGCUACAGCUGACAGAUCCCUGCUUAAACAGGAGUAGGCUCCGCUCAUCAGGAGUCUUUAAAUUCUGGUUAAAUAGUUUUUGCUUAUUCUAUAAAGCCAUGUGCAGUAGGAGUUUAUAGGAUAUGUAGUUUGUCUUGCAGCCACCUUUCCACUAUGUCAUAGGGUGCACAGUGUCCUGGUAACAUCCAUAUCAUGGCUGCUAUUAGCCUAUGCACAGACCCAAUUUCACAAUCUGGGUUGUGUACGGUGAUCUCUCAAGAUGUCAAUAACACAUGCAUACACCCACUGCUCAUGAUUUUUCCAGGACCAGUGAAGCGAGGGAACAGAUGUCAGUACAAGUUUUGCAAGUACAGUCUUAUAGCUAUUAGGCGGUAGUGUUUUACAAAUGUCUGCACUUAAAAGACACUCUGGACAAGAGGAUGUAGUGAAGGGUACUCUUUGCUCUGUAAUCUCUGCAACGGUGUAGCAUUGUUAUGGUGCUUAGAGGGACCCUCUAACAAAGUAAGUCUUGUGAAAAUGACUAAAUAUGAAGUACUAAACCAAUGUAUUGCUUUGUGUGGGACUCUUUCCUUAAUGAAUAACUAAUGUUUCUAUAGCCCCAAAUUCAGUUCAUUUAAAGCAGUGCUUGCAAAGCCCAUGGGAUUGGGAGGGAGCACCAUUCUUCUGCGUACAAAUAACAGUACAAGUGAUACAUAUGUUGUGUUUUUACACAGUUGGCAAAGACUUAUGGGAAUAUCAUAACCAUCUGGAUUGGGCAAACUCCUAUUAUUGUUCUUCAUGGAUAUGAAACUAUACGUGAAGGACUGAUUGCCAAAUCUGAGCAACUUUCCAUGCGAGCUGAGAGACCUUUCUUCAAAUAUUAUGCCAAUGGAAGAGGUAAAGGUUUAUUUAAUUCUUUUUUUAAAAAAUUAUAAAAAAAAUUAGCUGCCAAGAAAGCUGAACUCCUCUUUGAUGCUCAUAUGGCAAAACAAUAAUAAAAAAAAAUGUUUCAGAACGCAAAUUUGGGAAUGAGUGCUUACAUUAUAAAGAUGUGUAAUGGGAAGAGGGAAAAAAAGGCUAAUAACUAUUGCGUAGAUAAAAAGCCUCUGGCUGUGUAAAUUUUAUUGUAGCUUCAAUGCAGAAAGACAUUAUGACAACAGGAAGAAGUAGUAGUUCUAAUAGUGUCUGAAAUAAAGUGAAUGUGAGCAGUCAGAAAGAAAACCAUUUGGCUUCCAGUGCAAUAAAAGGGAUGAUGUGUAACUGCAGUAAACACUCAAAUAGACAACGAUAGACAGAUUGGCCAUUAUUCUGUGUUUACUAUGCUACAAAUUGAAAGCGAUUGAUACAAAUUAGUAACCAGGAAGAGAGUUCACAAAAUCUACAGAUGAGAAUAAAAAACACUACCACCAAUGACAAAUUGCCUUUUUUCUUGAUAGUGAUUCUUUUUUUUUUUCAAUUUUACAAUUUUUAUUGGUUUCGCCAGUGGUACAGAAGAGAAAAAGGGGUAGAGGGGGGGUUACAUGAAUUGCAGUCAUCGAACAUUUUAAGGACAGUAAUACAGCAAUACAGCGUUAAAUACGACUUUUCAUGUACAACAUUGCCGUCCUCUCGUCCUGGUUAACAAUUAUCCAGUAACAGUAGGGGGGGGAUGUGGGGGGUACUCAUUUGGCUCACAUGCAUUCCCCUUAUAGUUGUAGAGCCAUUGUUCUCAUUGGCCUUAUCUCGACCUAUCCUUCUUGUUAUUUCCAGCCUGUAUGCUCCUUUGAGCUUUUGUGUAACUUGGUCCUGCACUUUGGCUCCCCUAUUUUAACCAGUUCAAAACUGUAAACUAUACAACUAUGUACACGUGGGUUUCUAUACGUAGUGGUCUGCUAUCACCUCUCCCUCUGUGUGUCACUCCCCCUCCCUGCCCACCCCCAACACCCAUUUCGCAUGGGCCAGGUUGGCAUAUUUGUUUGAUGGACUUUGCCUGUUCAAUCCCUUUUCAUAUACCAGAUUCGUGGUGAUUUGUUGAAUCAGGGCCUCUCUAGUGGGUGCAUGAUCCUGCUUCCAUGCUCUAGCUAUUAGGGUGUUUGCUGCUAUGAGGAUAUGAAAUAGUAGACGUGAGUCUGUGAUGUUGAGCUCUUCCAACCCCAUAAACAGGAGUCCGCACUCCGGUGUAAGUGUGAGUUCUCUGUCCAGGGCCGUUCUCGCUAUCUCCUCAACUUCCCUCCAGUAUGUUGCUACUUUCGGACACGUCCACCAGAUAUGAUACAUUGUUCCCCUGUCUUUCUGACACCUCCAGCAUGUGUUCGGGGUGUUUGGGUAGAUCUUUGUCAAUCGCUCCGGUACCAGGUACCAGCGGUAUUGGAUUUUGCGCAUUUGUUCCAAGUGAGAGGCACAACUCGUCCUCUUCUUGUGCGCUAAAAAUGCUUUUCCCCAUUGUUGGUCAGUGAAGGUUUUGCCCAUGUCCUCCUGCCAAGCUCCCUUGAAUUUGUCUGGGGGGUCUGUAUGCGAUUGGAUCAGCAUAUUAUAAAGUGUGGAUAAUAGUUUCUUGGGUUGUUUCGUGGCUGUACACAUCUGGUCAAUGUGCUUUGUGUUGGCCGUUGCAGUGGGGCCGUUGGACCCUUGUAUCAUGGAUUUUAAUUGUAGGUAUUGGAAAAUGGUGUUGUGCGGUAGCGUGUAUUUCCUUUGUAAGUCUGGGAAGUCAAGUAGUUUGUCUUUGUCAUAUAGGUGGCUUACUCUAUGGCACCCCCUGCUUAUCCAAGGUCUGUAGUCAAAGGCUGGGUUUGCCAGGUAUAGGCUGUAGAGGGGAGUCACUUGCGCCCACCCCCUGUCUUGUCCCCAUUGUUUUGUGGUCGUGUCCCAUACCUUCAAUAAGAGUCGUGUCGUGGGUGGCACAUCCUGGUGGAUUUUCCUGUGUCUGUGGGGUACCCAAAACAGGUAUUUCAGACCCUUGGGACACGCCCAAGAGGCCUCCAUGUCUACCCACUGUGGUACUUCCUCACUGGCGUGUGUUUGUACAGCCGUGGCCAGAAUAGCCGCCUUAUAGUACUGCCGAACGUCCGGCAUUCCCAGGCCCCCAUUCGCCUGCUGCCUGCACAAUAUUUUCGCUGA